CGAGAGCUUACCGACUCGACAUCAUCUCUUGAGAACUUCGGGUAGAGCGACAAAACGGAUCGUUCUAAUGCAGCCUACAGCAACCAAACCCAAAACUUUACCGAGAACACCUGAGUCACAGCUUCACUUAACCAUGAAACGACGGCAGGAGGAGCCCGCUAAACCGCAAGUACAGACUGACCCCAUCACAGAACAAGAACCAUUGGAUGGUGAUGUACCGUCAUUACGACAUCCUCUUUUACUGACAUUGGGAGCAGUAGGUUUUGCUUCAGUCAUUGCGAUCAUAAUUGGUUUUGCCAUAUAUCGACGAUGGAAACGUCAACGAAGCUAUGAGGAGCUUGGAAAAGACUCUGCAGUUGAACGUUAUUCAAGAAAGUCAGCGGACGCAUCUAUAUAUGGUUGUAUUACGCAAGAGCGGCCAAUCGAUUUCGUUGUUCCCACUAUGUCUCUUCCUGUCCAGCACAGCCCGGGAGAAGCGUCUUUAUCGUCUGGUUCUUCCCCGGACGCCAUUUUGUGGUCCAGACUCUCCUUGAUCGACAGUGGAACAUCUGAUCCUUCUGAAUCCUCUCUCUUUGGUGGAUUGAACCCGGAACUAUACAAAGUUUGCCACAACGACACUGGAGAGGAGUUUAUCUUCCCAGAUGACCAUAGAGGGCGUCUUUGGUUCAGUUUAGAAUAUGAUGCUGUUAAAGAAAGACUCGUUCUACAGCUAAUCAAAGGCAAGAACUUUCCUUCGAGGACGCUGGGAUCCGUCAACUGCUGUGAUCCGUUUGUGAGAAUUUUCCUGCUUCCAGAUGAACGUCGUUACCUUCAAACAAAAGUGGCGAAGAAAACGUGUAAUCCAAAGUUUGAAGAACAGUUCAUUUUCCAGGUUUCCCCUGACCUUGGUGAGUUACUGGUUAGCCUGACCUACAGUCAGAAUUUGGAACGUUUAACCAUUACAAUAUUUGAGGCUCAAGGUCUUCAGAUUCCAGAAGAUUCAUCAAUGGCAGGUUCUUAUGUAAAGCUUACGCUGAUGAUAGACAAUAAACCAGUGAAAACGAAGAAGUCUUCUGUGGCCAGAAAGACAGCUGAGCCCAAGAACAAUGAAACUUUUAUCUUUCGCCUUGGUUCAAAUUGUGUCAGCACUGCAAGUUUGAUCCUUCAAGUGAUUGUGGCGAAUGGAAACCAGAAAGAUAAAUGUCUGGGAAGAAUUGUCCUUGGUUCUUAUAUGUUUGCCAGAGGAAAAGCCCUGGAACACUGGAAUGAGAUAGUAGCAGGAAAUCACCACCAGGUGCGAUAUUGGCACAAACUAACGUAACAGCAAGUAAAUAACUAGUCAUUUUUGGAGCACGUUCCUUUCUGACGUGUUUCUAUUGGUUGUAUUUGCUCUGUGACUAUGAUGUGUUUAGUAGUUGAAUGAAACUACAGAAGUCAAAAAUAAAUAAAUAAACAAAAUAAAAUGAAUCAUUUAAGCAUAUCACAACAAAAAAUAAUAUAUGCUACAUAUAUAUAUAUACUAUAAUAUGUAUACUAUAUAAUAUCUGGACUUUACAUUCAAUAAUGUGUAUUGUAAUGUGUAAAUCCGAUAAACUUAUAGACAGUGGUGACAGAAUAAAAUAACACAUCAAGGUAACGUAGACUUCACAUCUGUCAUCAACAAGAUAAUUAUCGUAGCGAUCUAUAUGAUGUUUUCUUUUAAUCUAUCAAUUAUUCCAGUUGAGAAAAAUGAUUAUAAUAAGAAAAAUAUGUGAUUUUAUAAUUGAAAAAAAAUACAAUUAGAAUAAUCAAGUUUGUGGUAUGCCUGCGAGUUAUCAAAAAUUAUCCAUACCUAAUUAUCACUAAAUAAUUAGAAUUAAUUGUGAGUUCCGAUUUCGCGACAGAAGAGUACGUAUUUCAUAGCUGUGUUUUUGAAAAGAUCGUUAAAUUGUAACAAUAUGAUUAGCUUGUGAUAGAAUAACAAUAGACAUAUAAAUAUAUUUGUACGUAUGUACAUUUAUAGACACAUUUCUGUUGAGAUUGUAGACAAUAUUUGAAUGUACUUACUAGAGAUUAUUAUAACAUAUUUAAACAUAGCCGUAUCAAUUUUACCAGGGUCAUUCAAAAUGGCUUUUUUAAUAUGAGAAAAAAAAAGAGUUUCUUAUGUUUUUCCUGUGAGUGAAAAUGAUCUUUAAUAUACAUAUCUUCUAUGUUAGUUUAUAGUUGUGUAUUUUAGCGUUCAUAAGACAAAAACUGGU